GUUUGAUUUGGAAAAUGAUUUAAAAAAUGUCGACGCGCUGUCGUACCUGUGGCAAGAUUAUUUAUUGUCUAAACUCAAAGAAUUUAUUUCAACAGCCCGACAACAUCAUGCUACACCAAAUUGCAGCUCUAACUGGAAUUUUUCUACCAGAGCAUAUGGAAUUUCCUGAACAUAUUUGCGGACCCUGCGAAGUAGCGCUACGAGAAGCCAUCGUAUUUCGUGAACGCAUUAUAAAAACACAAAAGCUUCUUUUAAAUAGCGACAACAUUGCGGAUGCGUUUCAAAAAAUUGACACGGAUGAAGUGGACAAGCUAAAUCUAGAGAUGGAUGGUGAAGAGAUGGAGCUAUAUAACUCAUAUGAGGAGAUUACAGAAUAUGAGUGUGACGAAUAUGAUAGCUCGGAAGAUGCAGAGGAGGGAAAUGAAGAUUUGUCAGUGAAUGGUCAAUCCGACGAGUCCGUGCAGAACAUAAAGACUGAUGAGCCAACUACAGAACCGCCUGCAAAUGCGCCUCCUCCAAUGCCAAAUACGCCACGCCGACCGGGCAAACCACCUUCCAAACUCUAUGCAACGGUCAACUUUGCGACAAACGCUAGGAACACGCCGCGCAUAAACUGGAGCAAGCUGUCGGAGGAUGAAAUCGUGGCACUUAAGCGUGAACGCCGCAAGCGUGACUGCAUUUGCGAGCUGUGCGGCAGACAUUUUACCUGCCCCAGCAACUUUAAGGUGCAUCUGCUGCGACACACUGGUGUUAAAAACUUCUCCUGCAAGCAGUGCCCCCUGAAGUUCUACACGCCGCACUUGCUGCGGCGCCACGAGCUGGCGCAUCUCUGUGAGAAACCGUAUCCCUGCCAGUACUGUGGCCAAACAUUUGCCGAUCACAGCGGACGCAUUCAGCACGAGCGCAACCGCCAUACGAAUUAUCGGCCAUAUAAAUGCACCAAAUGUGACAAGGCCUUUGUGGUCAGCAACAAGCUUAAGAGGCACAUGCUCAGCCAUUCCGGCGUGCGUAGUUUUCACUGCGAAAUAUGCAAAGUAUCUUUCAUGCGACGCCCACACUUAAAUGCCCAUUAUCGUUCAAAGGGCCACGAACAGAAUGCACAAAAUUACGCUGAUUUGGCCAACAAUGUGGACAUCGAUAUAGAAAAUGUGUUACAAUAAAAUCGGUAAUUAAGCGUACUUAGUUUGUAAGUCGUUUUAAGGAGCAAUGAUUUUGUUUAAGCUUAUUUUAAGGGACAUAUGUCAAUGGUGUCACAAAAGGGCAGUUCAUAUAAUAACUAUGUGCAGAUCCUUGCCAUUUGAGACCUAAGCAUCAAUUUUAAAUGCGGCUAAUUAACUCACUGUAUGUUAGUUCUUAUUAUGAUUGUUUGUUCCACUUGAAAAUAUCUGAUAAAACAAAUUACUACAAAAUUCACAAA